AGUCACGUGACGGGCGCUACGGGCGUUGGCUCCUCCCUCCCCAAGAUGGCGUCCCUGCUGCAGUCGGAGCGGGUUCUCUAUCUCGUCCAAGGAGAAAAGAAGGUUCGGGCCCCGCUCUCGCAGCUCUACUUCUGCCGCUACUGCAGCGAGCUGCGAUCGCUGGAAUGUGUGUCGCACGAGGUGGACUCACACUAUUGUCCCAGCUGCUUAGAAAACAUGCCAUCAGCUGAAGCCAAAUUAAAAAAGAAUAGAUGUGCCAACUGCUUUGACUGUCCUGGGUGCAUGCAUACUCUUUCCACACGGGCAACGAGCAUCUCCACACAGCUUCCAGAUGACCCAGCCAAAACCACCAUGAAGAAAGCCUACUACUUGGCCUGUGGAUUUUGUCGAUGGACAUCUAGAGAUGUGGGCAUGGCCGACAAAUCUGUAGCGAGUGGCGGUUGGCAAGAACCAGAAAAUCCUCACACACAGCGGAUGAAUAAGUUGAUUGAAUAUUACCAGCAGCUUGCUCAGAAGGAAAAGGUUGAACGAGAUCGCAAGAAACUGGCACGGCGUAGAAACUAUAUGCCUUUGGCUUUUUCGCAACACACUAUUCAUGUAGUGGACAAGUACAGUCUUGGAACCAGGCUUCAGCGACCAAGAGCUGGUGCAUCCAUUAGUACGCUCGCUGGACUUUCCCUCAGAGAAGGAGAAGACCAGAAAGAGGUGAAGAUUGAGCCAGCUCAGGCCGUCGCUGAAGUGGAACCUCUGCCUGAAGACUAUUACACACGACCAGUGAACCUAACGGAGGUGACCACCCUUCAGCAGCGCCUCCUGCAGCCUGAUUUGCAGCCAGUCUCUGCUUCCCAGCUCUACCCCCGACACAAGCACCUUCUGAUCAAACGGUCCCUGCGCUGUCGGAAAUGUGAACAUAACCUAAGCAAGCCAGAAUUUAAUCCAACAUCUAUCAAGUUCAAAAUCCAGUUGGUUGCUGUCAAUUAUAUUCCAGAAGUGAGAAUCAUGUCAAUCCCCAACCUUCGCUACAUGAAGGAGAGCCAGGUCCUCCUGACUCUUACAAAUCCAGUAGAGAACCUCACCCAUGUGACUCUGUUGGAGUGUGAAGAGGGGGACCCUGAUAAUAUCAACAGCACUGCUAAGGUGGUGGUGCCUCCCAAAGAGCUCAUUUUAGCUGGCAAGGAUGCCGCAGCAGAGUAUGACGAACUGGCAGAGCCCCAGGACUUUCAGGAUGACCCUGACAUUGUAGCUUUCAGAAAAGCCAACAAAGUAGGCAUCUUCAUCAAAGUCACCCCACAGCGUGAGGAAGGCGACGUGACCGUGUGCUUCAAGAUGAAACAUGAUUUCAAAAACCUCGCUGCCCCCAUCCGCCCUGCGGAAGAAAGUGACCAGGGCACAGAGGUCAUCUGGCUCACUCAGCAUGUGGAACUGAGCUUUGGCCCUCUUCUUCCUUAAAGUCACCUGGUGGGCAGAUGGCACCACAGCUGUGUCGCCUGCCACAGCUCCGUAACAGUAUGGAAGCUGCUGCUUCAUUAGACGUGUUUAUAAAGAUGUACCCAUCACUACUGAACCCUGUUGUAAGAGUGGAGGCCAGGCCAGCACUAGGAGCGAGCGCAGGGUAACUACUGUUCACUUGCUCUCUGUUGACACCAGUAAGUCUGUGUCUGCCUCCCGGAGCCCUGCACGUUGACUAACAGCCUGACUCCAUCCCAGUAAAUGGGUGGCUGUUCCUCAGAGGGGCAUUAGUUUUACCCCCUGAGAAAAGGGCCAUGUACCUGUCACAGUUUGACCGAAAGAACCUAGAAUGGUAAUCCAGAGCAGACCUGCGGUUCAUGCCCCAACACUGGUCUCCUGUUCAGGCUGCUGCCACAUGUCAUUAAGGAUAACUAGUAAUUACAAUGUUUCGUUUGCCAUAGCUCUCGCUUCACCAUUGGUUUCCAUUAGGCAGAGAAGUAGGAUUGUUACAGUGUCUUUAACUGUGGGAUGACAGGACAGGACAGGACUUGUUCGGGCACUACAUUUAUCUCUUGUAAAGGACUACAGAAUGCCUACCAGUUGCUGUUCAUUUCCUCAGUAAUACAUGGGACUUUAAGGAUUCGAGUUGCAAACAAUUACAUGUCAUGAAGUUCAAUUUGUUUUAAUACCAUAGUAUCCAAAGACUAAUGCCGCCACAGGGAGACAGCCUUUAUAGAUCUCACUCUCUGCCCUUCUCUACUCUGGUUUUGUUUGUUUUUUAUCUUUUUUUUUUCCAUUUAUUUUUUCACAUAGGUUCCUUCCAUGUAUUUCUGGCCUGGAACUUAUUAUGUAUACCAAGCUAGCCUUGAACUCACCUGCUAGGAUUAAAAACGCCACCACGCCCAACUCUCUGCUCUGUUCUAUAAUUUAAGGAAUUGUUCUAACAUUGGGGGGGGGCUUAAAAGAAAGCUGAGACAGUUGAAGUGGACAUACUCACUUCUGAGAUUCAGAGAACAUUUUUAAAAUUUAGAUUUUUAGCUUGAUACAAACUAAUGUUCUUUCUACUGAGUUGAAGGAGAAAUUAACUAUCAAUCUCUUAAAUCCAAAACUGGGUGUUAAGUAAAAGAACCUUUCCCUUCAUGGGUAUAAGACUUCUUUCUUGUGCUGUUAUCACUUUGAUUGGAAACCAUAGCAGCUCAGCAAGUAACCAGAAUGCUGGCCUAACUCCAGACUGCUGUUUUCCUCAAAUAUCAAUGUUCAGUUGCAAACCUUAAUUUCUGUAAUGUUUUCUAAAACGUGUUGACAGAGUAGACUAGCUGCACUACUUUUCCUUAAAGUAUUCCUAGCACAUGGCCAACAGACCUUGGAAGAAAAAGUUCCUGUUUACAAACCCUGUUUUGCUUUGGUUUUCAUUGUAUGUCUUUAGACAUUUUUAUUUUGGUUUGGUUUGAAGGGAUAAAGAAUCUGGACUACAGAUAGAAAAUAGUCUUUGUUAGUUCCCCUUAAAAGAGGAAACUAUUUAAAAAGCUAUUGAAAGGCACUAUGUUCUUUAAGAUCAAGCCAAUUUUAUGAAACAAUAUUCUCACAGAGUAAUAUAUUUAUUACAGUAUAAGAAAAAAUACUGAUCUCUAAUAUUAUGGGAACAGUAACUAAUGUUUAGCCUCAUAGGAGCUGCAGCAGGGAAUUGGAUAAUUACAAGUUUAAACUACAGAAAGAGUGAUUUUCCAUAACUUCACAAAGCCUCAAGUUAGAGUCUACUGUGAAACACUACUCAAUGUCUGCUGGGGGUUAGGGGAGAGGGGAUUGGGGGUCAAAGUGCAGAUAGCUUCAUAAGUCCACUUUGUGGAGACGGGAACAGUUGUCCUUCUGUAUAAUGUUAUCCAGUGAAACUGAUACUUAAUUCCUAGAAAAAUGUUGACAUAAUGGUUCUACUUUCACGUGAUAAACACAAAAACACUUUCAAAUAUACAAUUUCUGUAUAAGAAGUCAAGUUAACUUACAAAUAACUUAGCGCAAGUUGGUCUUGUGUUCUUAAAAAAGGUUCAACAUUGCCCUUAUUGUAUUAUUAGAUCAGGUGUGGGAAUUUUUAUUACUAUUCAGUGCACACCAGGACGCAAGAGUUGGGUGUCCUUAGCACUUGAAACUACAAUUUGGAAACUUAAGGCUAAGUUGCUUUGGGUUUGUGAAUUGACUUACACACCAAAAGUUUCUUUUGUUCUGAGUAUAUGUAUAAGCAUACUGCACUAAAUGCCAUUGCAUCUUUGUAAUAAGCAUCCUUCUUGGUCCCUUUUGGGAAGGAGAGGCACUCCUUGACUUGUGAAUAACAGGUUACUGUUUUGCCUUAUUGCUUAAUGUAGUGAAAUAAAGCAGACAAAAGCUUGA